AUGGCGGAGAUGUGGGCAGAGAUCUUUACGUAUCUCAAAGAAGAUGCUGUCCUUUUAGAGUGGCUCAGCUCAGAGGAUGAGGCAAGGACCCUCCACACAGUCAACAUUGCUAAGGCAAGAGAGUGGCAGGCUGCCCUGGCUUAUCAAGGGUUCGAUGUUAAGAGGGUGCUUAGAAAUCUAAGAGCCAACUACAAUACAUACAUGCAAGACACCCCUGGUGCGGCCACUAAGUAUGAAGUGCCAGUCAAGGAUGCUGAUGGAGACAGAAUGGUAACUUACACCAAUAAGGAGCUUUUGGCAUCAGACAUCCAAUUCCUUGUAACCGUAUUUGCAGUGAGAGGGUGCAAAUGGGAAGAAGUGAUCAACAAAUCAGAGGCAUGGUUGAUUGGGAUUCUAGACAUGCUGAAAGGGAAACUAGGACUGACCGUUGAUUCUAAUGCUGCUGGGGUUGCUCUGCCUCCAGACACAAUCACCAUUGCUAGAAUUUCUGCUUGUUUCCCUAUCACCAUAUGCAAAUUGUUCCAUGAGGGAAUAGGAAAACUGUUAGUCUCUCAUGAGCAAGUUGGACUGGAUGAAGGCAUCUCUAAAGCUGUCCUGUGCCCAUACUUCUCUUCUUGCAUCCCCAAGGAGUGGGUUGAUGUUGAGAGGAACGUUAAUCUCUUCUUUCUCUUGGUCCAUGUUGUAGUUGAUGAUCACAUUCACAGGGGGACUAAGAAUUACACCUGCCUUGAUGAUAUGUUUAACUACUACCGUGCGUCUUAUGACUCAGUGGCUAUGCCCCCAGGCCCUAGGAAGAAGUUCUGUUUACAUAAGAGUUGCAACUGCCCAUUCCAUAGGGUUUUGCAACGAAAUCCUCCAUGCUGCUUCCGAAGCCGAGGCGAGGAUUAG